GGGGUGCAUUACGCAUUACUCGUUUGGAGGGGCCGAGCGAGGCAACUUGCGGGACUCCCUUGUUGCUGCCGAACAUGGGCCGCCAACGUUGUUGCUUCCACUUGGGAAGCCGAACGACAACGCUGGCCUAAAAAAAAGAAAGAACGAACGCACGAAAGAAGAAGAGCGAAAGUUUGAACAAAGAGGAUACAAGAGGAUACAUCGCGCGCGCCUGCGUGCGUGCGUGCGUGCGUGGGAGAAACAAUCCGGAUUUCUCGCAUCCGAGAACACGAUAGGAAAAGUGGAACUUGGGAAGCUCUUCCAAGGAUUUUGAAAAGUUUGAUGCCGGCUGAGCAGGUCGGUGGCGUGAGGGGAGCAGUCGGUCGUCUCUGAGCUCCGAUGCCAGUGGACAUGCAACCGCACCAGGGGCUGUAUCACUAUGACACCUCCCCCGGACAGCCCUCCAGAGGCUUACUGCCCUCAGACCAGUCUCCGUACAGCGACGUCCCCUCGUUGCGAGGCCCGCUCAUCAACAGCCCUCCCCAGGACUGCAGAGCCAUGUACAAUCCUAUGACUCCUGGUAUGGGUCACGGGCCGGGCCCGGGAUCUGCGCAGAGCAUCGGCCAUUGCUUGGAUCAAUACAUGAGGCCCCCACAGGCUCCGCCCCCUCUCAGUAUGAUGAGCCACAGGAGCAUGGCAUCCACGGAAGGCAACAGCGCCCCCUACUGUAACCAGAACAACAUGAUGUCCUCCCAUCACAACUUCUGCCAGUCGGCCUCAGAUCAGAUUGGCUCAGGUGACGCAGGCUCCAGGUUCUCCACGCCACGCUCCAUGCUUAAGCUGAGUAAGAAGCGAGCGCUGUCCAUCUCGCCACUGUCCGAUCCAAGCGUGGACCUGCAGACAGUCAUCCGAACUUCACCUAACUCCCUUGUGGCCUUCGUUAACGCUCGUUGCACGCCCAACGGGUCCAGCUCGUAUGGCCAUCUGUCUGUCAGUGCCAUGAGUCCAUCUCUGGGCUAUUCCAGCAAUAUUAAUUGCCAAUCCAGGCCUCAGGGCUCCAUGUACGGAGUAGGCGGGGGCACACCUCACACACCGGGCCCAUGCCAGGCUUCCCGACUGCCCGCCCAUAACCCUCGUCUCCAUCCUCCACCCAAACACGGACAACUGAAGACAGAGCCAGGCUUGGGAAUGGUGAUGGAUGGCAUGAACGUGAAGACCCUGGAGGAGAGGUCUGAGGGAGAUGUGGCCAGCCCUUCUUCCACCGGUACUCAGGACCCCCUCUUGUGUCUCCUGGACGGACGAGACGACCUAGACAAGGAGGAUGGCAAGCCCGAACCGGAAGUGGUCUAUGAAACCAACUGCCACUGGGAGAGCUGCAACAAGGAGUUUGACACCCAGGACCAACUUGUUCACCACAUCAACAACGAGCACAUCCACGGCGAAAAGAAAGAGUUUGUGUGCCACUGGCAGGAGUGUUCUCGCGAGCAGCGGCCCUUCAAGGCCCAGUACAUGUUGGUGGUCCACAUGCGCAGGCACACGGGGGAGAAGCCACACAAGUGCACUUUCGAAGGCUGCAACAAGGCCUACUCCCGCCUGGAGAACCUCAAAACGCACCUGCGCUCUCACACCGGGGAGAAACCCUACGUGUGCGAACACGAGGGCUGCAACAAGGCCUUCUCCAACGCCUCCGACCGGGCUAAGCACCAGAACCGAACGCACUCCAAUGAGAAACCCUACGUUUGUAAGAUUCCCGGCUGCACUAAGCGGUACACGGACCCGAGCUCGCUACGUAAACACGUGAAGACGGUGCACGGCCCUGAGGCCCACAUCACUAAGAAGCACCGAGGCGACACAGGUCCUCGGCCGCCCGGCUCAGCCAUGACCCCUGGAGGUUCGGGCACCGAAUUGGUGCUGGAAAAGGAGGAGAAACGGCGCGAGGACUGCAAAUUGAUGGCUCCAGAUGCCGCUCUGAAAUCCCAACCAAGCCCUGGCGGCCAAUCAUCUUGUAGCAGCGAGCGUUCCCCGCUGGGCAGCACUAACAACAACGACAGUGGUGUGGAGAUGAACGUGAACGCGGCGGGCAGCCUGGAAGACCUCACGGCCCUGGAAGACGGCGGAACGGCCGGGGGAGGAAGAGGCGAACCAGGGAGCAUGGCAGCCACGAUAGGAAUGUCGGCACAGGCUCUCAAGAGGCUGGAGAACCUCAAGAUCGACAAGCUGAAGCAAAUCCGCCGACCGACACCCCCUAGCCGUUGUCUUCCUAACAAGCUACCUGCACUUCCUUGUUCUGGAGAUUCUAUGGGGAUGUGCACCUCAUCUCCCCUCCUUUCAAAUCGGCGUGUCAUGGAGCUAUCUAAUCAUGAGCUCGGAGGCGGGGCUUCUAUCGGCGCCAAUGCCAACGAUCGGAGAGGAAGCGGGACGAGCAGUCUGAGCUCCGCCUACACCGUCAGCCGUCGCUCUUCCAUGGUGUCGCCCUAUUUGUCCAGCCGCCGCUCCAGCGACGUCUCUCAGAUGGGCACGGCAGCCGGGGGCGGAUGCCACCUCCUUGGCCAAGAUCAGAGCAUCGGGGAUCCCCUCUCCCCUGAGACCGGUCGUAGAGGCGCCCCCUGUCCAGGAGGUGGCGCUCUGCCGGGUCUUUCCAAUCUGACACCGGCCCAGCAGUACAGUCUGAAGGCCAAGUAUGCCGCAGCCACUGGUGGCCCACCACCGACUCCCUUACCCGGGAUGGAUCAGCCAGCCACUCCCGGCAGAAGAGCGGGUGUUUUGGCCGAGUACCAGGGGCAGCCUCUGCGUCCUUUCCUUCACCAAGGUCCUCCACGUCGACACAGCGCCAACACAGAGUACGGCACGGGUGUGAUCUACCCUCACCAGGCUCCGGGUAACACCAACAGGAGGUCUAGUGAUCCGGUAAGAUCGGCCGCAGCGGACCCGCUAGCCCUCCCGAAGCGGUUCAACAGUCUCAACAAUGUAUCCAUGAUGGGCCGAAGGAAUGCAUUGCAACACCAGGACCACCGCGGCACCAGCAUCGCCCGCCACAUGUAUUCCCCUCGGCCCCCGAGCAUCUCGGAGAACGUCAUGAUGGAGUCCAUGAGCAUGGAGCCCCAGCUACCCCCUUUGGAUGUCAGAGACCGUUCCAUGAUUGUUCCACCCGGUGAGGGGGGCUUUAUGGGAUACCAGCAGCAGCCGACACUUGGAGGAGGUGGAGGACUGCUUACAAAUCACUUGUCUCCAAGCCAUGACUCCCUGGGCUGCCCCGAGCAAACUUACAUGAAGGGACAUUACCAGAACCAAGGAGGGGAAGUCACUCCAAGGAUGAGUGGGAAUCCCAUGGGUCAAGCAAGGCCCGUUCACCCGGAUGGAAUGUCCAAUACACUUCUUCAACAGGCCGAGUACAGCAUGAGCAACUGUCAACUAAGUCCGUCAGGCCACCAAUAUCCGACUUUGGGGCAGGGGGGUGAGGGCGGAACCAAUCAAUGGCGCGACGGACGCAAUCAAGUUCAAAGCUCUCUCCAGAACCAGCGCAGUUUGUCAUAUACAGAAGCAAAUAUGCAGCCUCAACAGACACAAGUUCACUUCAACAAUCAGACGGGCCUUUACAAAAAUCCAGUGGGGGUGCAUAAACUCAGCAUCAAGCCUGAGCAGCAGUUCCACCCCGGCAUGGGGAGCGCCGAUGCCUGUCAAAGUGCUAAGCUUCAGCAGCAGCAGCAACAGCAGCAGCAGCAGCAGCAGCAGCAGCGACUCCUCCUCCAGCAGGCCCAAGCUCAAGGCUAUGCUCCACAGACUGCUGGCCGAGCUAUGGUGAGGAACACAAACAGCAUGAGCUGUGACUUUCAAGGACAGAACCAGAACUUCUCCAGUGGUGGGGGGUUGACUUUGGGAUGCGCUGGAACCGCUCUUUCGGAAGGCCAGAGGUCCGAAACCCCCAUGAUGCAAGUCAAGGAGAUGAUGGUGAGAAACUAUGUGCAGUCCCAGCAAGCGCUCAUGUGGGAGCAGCAACAAGAACAGCAGCAGCACAGUCCAAUAAAACCACCUCCACUUUCUGACAACAUGGAUCUGGCCAGCCAGGCGUCAAUGAUACAAAACAGUCCUCAGCACCAAAACCAGAACAUGUACUCCAACCAGUCAUACGCUUCCUACCCCAACCAGAACCUCGUCAUGAGCCCUGCGACGCACAGCCGUGGUUCCGGUGAGCAACAGGUGAUGGCUCUCCAGGGCUCUUGCUACAAUCAGGAGAUGGUGGUCCCAAGGCCACCUCCUCAAGGACGGAAACCUCUGAGUCGCCAGAACAGCUUGACACAAGUGGGAGGAGGCUACACGGUGAGUCCGCAACACAACAGCCCGGCGCACUCCACGUCCAGCCAGCGAAGAGCCGUCCGGCUGCCUCCGGUCCAGCACCCGCAGCAACCACGGCAUGAAAUGUUCGCCCCUUCCAAUAAUAAUGUUUACUACUCAGGCCAAGUCCAUAUGGACAUGGAGAAACACAUGGAUACCCAAAAUGGACAUUGUCUACCCCAACAACACGGCAUGGGAGCCAACGUAGACCCGACAGCUGGUACAAAAUCCGCUCCCAUGGCACCCUAUUCUGAGUCCGGCCCAGUUCCUAAUGCCUUGGAAAACCUGGACCUGGACAACGCUCGCAUAGACUUCACCUCCAUUAUUGAUGAUGCAGAGCCGUCUUCCUUCAGUCCAAUCAACCAUCCCAUUCAAGGUCAGCCGGGGUCAUCCUCGCAGACAUCCUCACGCCUCACCACCCCGCAGACCUCCGUCACCUUGUCCAACAUGGCGGUGGGUGACAUGACAUCCAUGCUCACCUCGUUGGCAGGGGAGAAUAAGUACCUAAACACUUUAUCAUAACAGACCACGCCAGGUCUACAAUCAAAGAACUUUAUUUUUAUGUUACCCAAUAGCCACGGUUUUACCAGCACAUACUCGUCCAGUUUGGGGAACUAUACUUUUUUUCAUGGAUUAUUUGUCAUGGACAAGAAACAUGUUUUUAAUAAAGUAAGGAUGUGGGACUGACAAAGAUUGUUUACCAUCUGGAUAUAUUUGCUGCAUGGAUAAUAAUAUGGACUUGAAUGAAGAUCCACUCUGCCAGAACUUUAGAACCAAAGGUGCCUCCUUGCUCCGUUGCUGCCUUUCUUGCCAGGUGCCAGGUGAAUUUGAGUUUUUCCCAGUUUAAAUAGGAAUUUAAUGAGUUACAAUUUCAAUCUUGGAUUCUGAAUUUAAUUUUUUUUUUUUAAUUCAGCAUUAAAAAAAAGAUCUGUUGAAUUUUUAAAAAAAAGAUUUAACAUUCAAAACAUAAAAAAAAAAGUCAUUGUCUAAAUUCAAACUCAGAUGUCACAUAUUCUUACUUUGUUCAUUUCAGUGUUGGAAACGGAGCUGCUUCUAUUAUUUCCCCCAAAACGGGGCAUUCCAAUGGCAACAAUGGUGACUCGAAGGAUACGAUGUAAAUAAGCAUGUAUGCUGUAAUAUGUUGUGUAUACGGCACUAAGACGGCGGGCAAACCUUUUGCCUCGUGAUGACGCCUUUUCUUUUCUUUUAAUCACUGUUCACAUUUGUUAAUACUGAAUGAUGAAGUUCUUUUAGUGGGCUAACAAAUAUGUGCUACUAACUCUUAAUUUUAGUGGUCGGAAUCAGUGACCCAGCAGUAUUUCCACACGAUGUAUUGUCCAGUACACGCCUAGCCUAUCAAACAAGACACUCAGGUUGCAGUUUUAAAAUGACACGAAAUUGCCUUUGCACUCCACACCAGCAGCUGUAUUGCCUCAAGCCUUUAGCGUGUGUGCAACUCUUCCCUCUGCUGUUGAUUUUGCAAAGGGAGACAUGCAUUUGACAAACUUUCAACUGACUGUCAUGUCCAAAUGUUAUUUUCAUUGGAUGGGAGAAACUUCAUAGCAUUCAUGUAGAGUUGAGUCAUUUGAUUUUUUUUUUAGACAGCGGUUCAGAGUCAGUUGCAGAAUAGUUGCUAACUCCGGCGCAUGCUUGCCCUCAAUUGCUUCAAUUCAUCAUCAAUGAACAAACAAAUCUGUUACUAAGUGACAACCAUUUACUGAGGAAGCAGAAAAAAGAAAUUCACUUUAAAUUGUCCAUAGGUGUGAAUGGAAAAUGAUUUGUUUGUCUUUUUGUGCCUUGUGAUUGGCCAGAGACCAUUCCAGGGUGGACCACGCUUCUCUCGCCAAACGUUAACUGGGAUAGGCUCCAGUUCACUAGCAGUAUAACAAAACGAAUGGCUACAAUUGUGACGAAAACGUGGUGCAUUGAGGUACGCCUUUGCCAGUAGGGAAACACAUCACUCACAUUGUGGCUUUGCACUGACCGGCCGCAGACUGCUUGCAUUAGCGUCACUGCAAUAACAUAAAAUGCCAUCAAUUUUUUUUUUUUUAAUCUAGCAACACAGCAGCUGGACUUUAAAGGCCACGUAUGAAUGGAUUGCAGAAUAUGAGCAAGCUACCAAAGACAUUCUUACUGCCUGAGAGAAUGCAUCGCUUAAAACA